CUGCGCAUGUCUCAAGGGCUGGGGGUGCGGCAGAUAGCUGUCCACUGCGGAGGUGGGGUUUCGGUGGUUUCAGGUGGACUGGGCUGAGCUCUGGCCGCGAGUAUGGCGGGUAGGGGGAAACUCAUUGCGGUGAUCGGAGACGAGGACACGGUGACUGGCUUCCUGCUCGGCGGCAUAGGGGAGCUGAACAAGAACCGCCACCCUAAUUUCCUGGUGGUGGAGAAGGAUACCACCAUCAACGAGAUCGAAGACACUUUCCGGCAGUUUCUGCACCGGGACGACAUCGGCAUCAUCCUUAUUAACCAGUACAUCGCGGAGAUGGUGCGGCACGCGCUGGACGCGCACCAGCGCUCCAUCCCAGCGGUGCUGGAGAUCCCCUCCAAGGAGCACCCUUACGAUGCUGCCAAGGACUCCAUCCUGCGCCGGGCCAGGGGCAUGUUCACCACCGAAGACCUGCGCUAGAGGGCUCCCCACGCCCCGGGCCCCCCCGUGGUCAGGCUUCUCCCGGGCUGCCCAUCUGCCCUGCUCAAAGUUUUGAGCCUGUUUCCCAAGUCCACACCCCUUCCCACUGCACUGAGGCGCCAGGCAAGGUACUUCUAGGUUGCAGAGGCGCCGCCAUUAAAACCUAGGCUGGCUGGGAAGCAGGAAGACUGUCUUCUCUCUCCACUACCUCUCCCUUGUGCUGUUAUGCAGUGUCGUUGUUGGUGUUAAAUUAAAGUAAUAUUCUUGCUUCUGUCCAAAC